CUCUUUUUCCCUGAAAAACAAGUGAAGGCUGCUAUGUUAAGCAGCAAUAUAACCUUACUGAGAGGAGGGGCAUCAUGAUAAAAGUUCUCUCUCUCUUGCAGUUUGACGAAUGCUCUCUGAAGAGCUGCCAUUGUCUAUGGAAUAUUACCGAAACCUUGGAUUAAAAGCAGUAUUUGCAAAAUAGAAUUGCGAUUCUAAAAGAUCAAGAUUAAUGGAGAAGAAAAGCACAGCCUGGAAUCUAGACUUCUGUAAAAUAGAUGAUGGCAACAUUUCUAAAAUAGGCCUAUUCCAUGGAAAGAUGACAAAUGAUACAUGCGCUAUUUUCAUUUGUAACAACCAUCCUAAGCUGGAGUGGUACUGCUAUUUGCUGAUUCUGGUUUGCCUUUUCACUUUGAUAGUGGGAUUUCUAGGCAACAUACUUGCCCUUCGACAUUAUGUGUACUGCGUGAAGACCUGGACUACUAACAGCAUAUUUCUAUUUAAUUUGGCAUUGUGUGACCUCGCUUGGAUUCUCAUGGCACCUUUUUCAGUAUAUCAUAGUCUCCAGAAGUCAGAUAACUAUCUCAGUCAAACAUUUUUUUACAUCGUAAGACUAUUUUUUAGUAUUAAUAUAUAUGGAAGUGUCUACUUCUUAACACUCAUCAGUUUUGAUAGAUACUUGGGUGCUGUCCAUCCUAUCACUUCAUUAACGUGGUGGAACAAAGGAAAGGCCAUGUUUUGUACUGCUGCUGUAUGGAUCUUCAUAGUUCUUGCAUCAGUGCCAGAGAUCUUCUGCACAAUUGAAGCUGGAAGACAGCAUGACAACAAAAAUUCCCAAGAUGACAUUGGAGAACACUUACAAUUUGAAGUGCCAUUCAUACUCUCCAAGAUUGUAUUGAGAUUCCUAAUUCCAGUCACAGUCAUCUUUACAUGCUAUAUGUUGACUCUCAAAGCACUACUACAACUCUGUAAACGUCAGCAAAGAAGAAAUAGAAUUAUUAGGCCUCUUUUACUGAUUUCAGCUGCUAUGAUAGUAUUUGCUGUGUCUUUCACACCUUAUCACAUUAUGAUGAUGGUGAUAAUAAUUUACAAAACCUGUUGUCAACCAUCCUCUGAGAGCAUAAGUACAUUAAUGGUAGUUUAUCAAAUCACAGAGAUCAUCUGCAGCAUCAACAGUUGCCUUGAUCCAAUCAUUUUUACAGUAGCAAAUAAAACAUUCUAUCAAAAAAUUAAAAACAUAAAAUGUCAUCCCAAAUGCCAAUGCUGCUGCUGUCUAACACACAGGGUAAGGGACAUCGCUCUGUCCCCAAGAACAGUGACUUAAAUGUCAGUUUACAAAGACAUGCAUCUCUUCCUAUCCAUUUAGCUUUGUACCGUCGGAACAGUUUAAAAUUUCAUCUCCUGUAUAGUGCAGCAAUCCCUUAAGUAGGCAAGAAUAGACAGCAAUGUAGAGUAAAAGUUAACAUUUACAUCUACUGGGAAAGAAACGCUUUUAUAUGUACUUUAAAUAUUAUUGUCAAAAAUAUACAUUAAUUUAUUGUAACAUAGCACUUCUUCCCCACAUGCACAUCUGAUAUGAAUGAACAAUGAAUAAAAGCUCUAAGGAUCUGCUUUUGUUCUUGGUCAGAGAAAUACAGAAAAUCUAUGAGUAAACAGUGUUGAGGAGUCUCCUAAUAGUUUCUGUUAAUUAUUUUUUAAUACGUUUGUAAGUACUAUUGUGGCUGGACUAUGCAAUUACUAAGAGUCAUGAAGUUAACAGCUGAACUUCUCAAGCAUCUGUAGAGAGGCCUACUACAAGUACAUUUGUAGAGAGGCCUACUAUAAUUACAGCUGUCUCUCCUAAGUUAGAAUUCAUAGAAUUACGUUAUUCUACAGUGAACUCUCAAUUGAAGAACAGGGACAACUGUGCAAAGGAAAACUUCUGAAACACUGAAGUGGCUGAGCUGAGGGAAGCAACACUGCUACACAACAGUGCUUUUUCCUUGUUAAUUUAGGGUCUCAGCAUCACUUUCAAGACAGUCUAAAGCACAGCGGACUUUGCUUAUUAAAACAGCAUAAUGCCAUACAUCAUCUUCAAGAGUCAUUAGACAGGUUUUCUCCCAGCAUAUAAGACAGUCAUCCUUCACAUUCAACUAUGUGCUUUCUAGCUAAGUCUCACAAAAUAUCUUGUUAAUUAUUAAAAGCAAUAAAUCAGUGGGCAAAACAAUUUUAUUUUCAGAAGUUACUGGUGACAAUGUACUUUUAGGUAUACUUUGCAUAGUGUCCUUCUUUUCAUUUUCAUAAUUUUAGUAUGAUUUUGUUCUCACAGAUGUAUAAAAAUAUAUAAUUCCAUACUGACAUUAAAUCGUUGAAUUUUUCAGUUGAAUUGAGUAAAUAUAAAUGUAUACAUAAUAUCUAGAACAUUGUUUUUUUAACUGUCUGUAACUGUGAUGUGAAACGAAGGAACAAAUCUUGAUAAUCUGAAAAAUGUUAAAUAUGUUUAUAUGUAU